AUGCAAAGCACACAAGGUCAGAUUUAUCCAGAGCAACAUCCUCAAUAUUCUCAAUCAAAAGAAAGGAUUCAUGCCCAAGCACAUGAAGUACAAUAUCAGCAAGAUCUGCAACGCAAAGAAAGUCUGCAAGUUGUUAAUCGGAUUUACAAUACGCAAGAUCAAGUUUGUGAAGUUGGAUCAUGUAAAAAAUGUGCCAAGAAGCAUAACACUUUGCUUCAUUUAGAGCAACAGUCACCUAAAACUUCAAGGGCACCAGCAACAAACACAAAGUCAACCACAACAUUGAUCAACGCUAAUGAAUCGCCAUCCAUAACAGCAACAACUAAUGCAAAGGGUACUCGUAAUUACGUUCUGCUAGCCACAGCAAAGGUGCGCAUUAUUGCAAACAAUGGACGAACGUGUGAUGUUCGUGCCAUACUCGACUCAGGUUCUCAAGUGAACCUAGUAACCCAAAGAGUAAUCAACAAGUUGUCUUUAAUUACCACAAAUUCAAAUCUAUCGAUCGAAGGUAUUGGCCGUCAAUUCGGGAACUCAAAAUCUCGCGUAAAUGUUGAACUGCAGGCUACUAAUGGAAGCUUCAGGACGAGACUAGAGGCAUUUGUAUUGCCACAAAUAAUAUCAGCACAACCGUCACGAGACCUAGAUAUCUCGGAUUGGCAGAUCCCACAGAAUGUAGAAUUAGCAGACCCCAGCUUUAACAGAUCUGGAAGAAUUGACAUGCUAAUUGGUGCUGAAUUCUAUCAUACUCUACUUCAACCAGAACAAUUGAUAAUAGGAAAAAAUUCGCCACUGUUACAAAAUUCGGUUCUAGGUUGGUUGGUGGUUGGUAAGACUAAAACUACAACAGAUAAUAAACCAACAUGCGCUAUUAUUACAGGAGAAGUUGGUGAAAUGUCAGAAAUGAUAGAACGAUUUUGGAAGUUAGAUAACCUUGAGACUGCAGAAAGGGUUUUGACUUUAUCUGAGAAAUGGUGUGAAAAUCACUUUACAAAUCAUGUAAAGACAAAUCACGAUGGUCGUUUCAUUGUACGCUUACCUUUCCGCGAUGAUCCCACAACACUUGGUAGAUCGCGUGAGAUAGCAUUCAAUCGAUUUUGUUCUCUGGAAAGGAAGUUACAAAGGGACCCAAAUUUAUACAAGGAGUACAUAAAGUUCAUGGAUGACUACGAGUCAUUAGGUCACAUGGAAAAAGUUUGCCCGAAAGAUGUCAAAGGAACACAAUAUUUCAUUCCUCAUCAUUGUGUCUUGAAACCUGACAGCACUACAACCAAAUUGAGAGUUGUCUUUGAUGCAUCAGCAAAAACAUCAAGCGGUUUAGCACUAAACGAUAUUUUGCACAAAGGUCCAACAGUGCAAAGUGAUCUUUUUUCAAUACUGUUGCGUUUUAGAAUACACCGGUUUGUAUUUACGGCUGAUAUUGAGAAAAUGUACCGGCAAAUUCAAGUACAUGAUGAAGAUACAGCACAGCAGCUGAUAAUCUGGAGAAAAAGUGCUGAUGAUAGUAUACAAUAUUACCGACUGAAAACGGUUACAUAUGGAACGAAGUCAGCCCCUUAUCUUGCAACAAAAUGUCUUCAACAUCUUGCGAAACAUAAUAUGACCAACUAUCCGCUUGGAGCACCUGCAUUACUUAAUGAUUUUUAUGUAGAUGACUGUUUAAGCGGAACUAACAGCAUCAUUACCGCCUUAGACACUCAACAACAACUUACGGAACUGCUCAGUAAAUCAGGAUUUAAACUGAGAAAAUGGUGCUCAAAUAAUACACGACUCCUACAAAACAUUCCGAUAGAAGACCAAGAAAUCAACCUUGAUUUAGAUAACUCAGCCAUAAAGCCAACAAAAACAUUAGGCAUUAUUUGGCUCCCGAAAUCAGACGAAUUUUGCGGUAAGGCAGAGAUGUCAUCAGAGCAACCUAUCACGAAGCGGAUUGUGGCAUCGGACUUAGCUCGAAUUUUUGAUCCUUUGGGAAUUUUUGGCCCCAUUACUGUAACAGCUAAAAUAUUCAUACAGGAAUUGUGGCAACAAAACUAUUCCUGGGAUGCGAAACUGUUACCUCAGGCUCAGCUAGAAUGGAAGCGUUUUAGAAAUGACUUACAAACAUUAAAUACUGUGAAAGUACCCUGA